CAGCUCCAGAUAAGAAGCUACCAGCGGGGCACCGGUUGUCUCACUCGCGUAAUAUAUUUUGUGAGCGCGACGCGCGUUUUAAUUUGCGACAAUGGCAACAGAGAAAUUCAAGGAAGCGUCCCCGUAUGUCAGGCCAAAACCUUCGCCACCGUCGGAGGAUUAUGUUUACAACAGAUACUUGACGAAUCUCGCUUUGAAGACCGACUCGCGAGAUCCGGUGGUAAAGCUGGCCCUCUUCGGAGUGGGACGCGUUGGGACGAUACAUCUGACGUCGAUAAUGUGCAGCCAGCGUGUCAAACUUCUGUACAUCGUUGACGACGUCGAGAGUAACUGGCAAAAGAUGGAGAGAUACUGGCAUCUGGAAAACGUUACUUUCCUAAGUAGCAAACAGUCGGACAGGGUGUACCAAGAUCCCGACGUCGACGCGGUCAUCGUCGCAUCGCCGACUUUCACUCACGAGAAUAUCGUCGGCAAGGCUUUGAAGGCGAGGAAAGCGGUGUUCUGCGAGAAACCGAUAGCGGACAAUCGCGGGAACAUCCUCACGUGCUACGAGAUGGCCAUGAGGGUCGGCAGGCCGCUGUUCUGCGCGUUCAAUCGGCGAUUCGAUCCGUCUUACUCGUCGGUGCGCGACAGGGUGCGUCAGGGUGAGAUCGGGCACGUGCACAUGAUCAAGACGGUCGCGCGCGACUCCCCCCUGCCCAGCAUCGAGUACCUCAAGACGUCCGGCGGCAUCUUCCACGACUGUUUGGUCCACGAUAUCGACGUCAUCACCUGGGUCCUCGGAGAAUAUCCGGACAAGGUGGUGGUCCUGGCUGAUGCGAACAUCCCGGAGAUCAAGGAGAUCGGCGACUUCGACACGGUCGCCGUGACCUUGCACUUUCCCUCGGGCACUCUCGGCACGAUCGACCUGUCCCGGAACAGCACCUUCGGCUACGACCAACGUCUAGAGGUGUUCGGGCCGAAGGGCAUGGUGCAGGUCGACAAUGAGCAGCCGAUGCACUCGGUGCGCAGGCAGUACGGCGUGGAAGGGCCGACCGCCAAUCCCAUCUGGUACUCGUUCGCCAGCCGAUUCGCGGACGGCUACCGCCGGGAACUCGAUCAUUUCGUCGACAUCGUGCUGGACAAGGCCGAGUCGUUGGUCAGGCCGAAGGAGAUCCUGGCGGUGAGCAAGAUCGCGACGGCCUGCGAGGAGUCGGCGCACACCGGCAAAGUGGUGGAACUGAAAUGGGACGGCGGUGAACUGCCUUAUCCCCAAUAAGACGGCUUCUUUUUUAACAACGUUAUAUACAAAUGCAUUUGUACCUACGAAUACAUGUAAUAAGUACGUGUGUAA